AUGUCAUUCUAUGGAGUCAAUCUAGGUGUUCUCAUUUUCUUGAAUUCUGUACUCUUUUAUCGGGAGCGGAAAAGCAAAACCACGACCCCGCCCUCCAAGGUCGACCUUGAGGACGAUUCAGAUGAAGAGCUGAAGGACGUUGACACGGAACCCGGCACGGGAGUGUUCGAUUUCACGAGGCAGUAUCUGGUUGGACAUUUGCUGGCCUAUGCCGCCGACUGGCUGCAGGGGCCGCACCUGUACGCCGUCUACAAAUACGACAAGAAGCUUGCAGAGACUUAUGUCGCCGCCCUGUACGCAACUGGCUUCAUCUCCGCAGCCCUCAGCGGCGCCUUUGCCGGGCAACUGGCGGACAGGUUCGGCAGGAAGAAGGCGUGCCUUGUAUACUGCGGCACAUACGCGGCGUGCUGCCUGUCCAUGCUGUCGGACAACAUCCAUGUCCUAUUCGCUGGUAGAUUCUGCGGAGGGAUCAGCACCACGCUGCUUUAUAGCGCAUUCGACGCCUGGAUGAACACAGAAUACCACAGGCGCGAGCAGUGCUUGUCGCUGAGCACUCUGUACGGGCGGUUGACAUUUUACAACUCGAUCGUGGCCAUCGGGGCUGGAAUGACCGGAGAGGUACUGGUUUCUCUCACUGGGACAAAGAUGUCGCCGUUCUUGCUGGCCGUGAUGGUACUCGGCGGCACUGCCAUGUGGAUCAGCUUGACAUGGAGCGAGAACUACGGCAGCCAGGCAAAUGAUAUGCCCGAGACUUCGUUCGUCGCGGUGGCACUUGCUGCUGUCAAGGAAAUGUGGCGAGACAAGCGCAUCUUUGCCCUCACGACAGCGUCCUCAUUAUUUGAGUCUAUGAUUGCCCGCAAAGUCUCAGGAACCACGGAGGACCCGCCCUUCGGAAUCAUCUUCGCCAGCUUCAUGUGCUGCAUGAUGGCAGGGUCGACCAUAUUCAACAUGACUCGGCGCUCACACGAUGUCACCAGCGCAUCUUCCAUCCUCAAAGCCGCCAUAAUACUUGCCAGCGUGUCGCUGUCGUCGGCCGUGAUCACCCAGUCUCACGAGUACCUGGUCUUCUGGGCAUUCUGCCUGGUCGAGCUGUGCGUGGGCAUGUAUUUCCCGAGCAAGGACUUUCUGAAGAGCAGGAUUAUCGAGGACAAUUCUAGGGCCAAUAUCAACAGUAUUAUGAGGAUGCCUCUGAGCACAUUUGUCGUGUUGGCGCACUCGCUUGCCGAAGAAGGUGAUCAUCAUCGAAACAACGUGUUCGUGACAUUUGGAGGGGCUCUACUCGUGGCUUUGGUCAUCACUCAUCGAUAUCUUCAAUGA